AGUAGAACUAGAAAGAAGUUAUGCCCAAAGUAAAAAGAAGCAGAAAACCCCCGCCGGAGGGAUGGGAACUCAUUGAGCCCACAAUUGACGAGCUUGAUGCUAAAAUGAGAGAGGCGGAAACUGAUCCACAUGAAGGGAAGAGAAAAGUUGAAGGACUUUGGCCAAUAUUCCGACUCCACCAUCAGAAGUCCAGAUACAUUUAUGAUUUAUUUUACAGAAGGAAAGCCAUCAGUAGACAGUUAUAUGAAUAUUGCCUGAAAGAGAAUAUUGCAGACAAGAAUUUGAUUGCUAAGUGGAAGAAGCAGGGCUAUGAAAAUCUGUGCUGCCUAAGGUGUAUACAAACACGGGACACUAAUUUUGGAGCCAACUGUAUCUGUCGAGUCCCCAAGUCCAAACUAGAGGCAGGCAAGAUUGUGGAGUGUGUACAUUGUGGGUGCCGGGGAUGUUCAGGAUGAUUGGAAUAUUCCAUUCUCUUCAUUGAAAUAUUCACUGUCUGAAUCAUGUGAUGAUAAAUCUUUGUUCUCCUCAUCCACCAUGAACUACAUUUGUACAUAUCAUUGCACAUAGACAUGAUCCAGGAACUGGUUCAUUAUAACAGAAGUGUCAGACCUGGAACUGUUACAUUUGUUUCAUGGAGGAUAUUAGCACAGUGUUUUAAACUAAACUUUCAUGUAGCAUUAAGGCAAAUGCUACACUAUGCUGUGCAUCUUAAAUUUUUAUUGAAGACUUUGUCAUGAUGACUUUUAAUUUGUGUAUUGUGAAUAAAAUGUGACUUUAUUAUAAAA